AUGGCAUGGGACUUGGAGAUCGGAACACCUUGCUGGGUAGCAACUGGCGACGUCGAGAUGCACAGACAGAGCGUCACCCCUCGCCGAGCUACCCCCAAAUACUUCCAAAUUCCGGACAAAAUCGAAAUGCCAGGAUCAAUAUACGACGACCUUCUUGAGGAUGUUCGAGAAGGUCUGGAGGAGAUCUUUGACCACCCAGGCUCCCGUGCACCCUUCAUACCAGGGUACCAAGAUCGUGCCGAUGCGAUCGCUCGUGCAAAGUUGUUGCGCGAACACGGCCAAAAGAGCUCGGAUGUUAUGAUGGUACAUCUCAGGCCUCCGUCUGGUGUGAUUUCUCAUAGAGAGUUGAAUGUUUAUGCCCGAAAGGUCGCAUACAAUGGAGAGGGAUUGAGGGUAGCGAAGAAGAAGGUAUAUGUAAUUUGUGAGCCUUUCACUAAGAGAAACAUCGAUCGAGUCGAACCAGUUCAGUUUGAGUGA